GUCUGCACUUUCUGUGUGAUCCCGCGCGCCCAUCCAGUCGGGCAGGUACACACCCAGUUGAGGUCGGCGGUGAGCAGCGCGCAGGCGGGGCGCCAGGCACUGGAAAGGUGCUCAGGGAAGGAGGUGGCGAAAAUGCGCUCGACUGGGGCGGGGGGCGGCGAUCUGCACUCCCGGGCGGCCCCUGUCAGGCUGGGCGACCUUGGGGGAGACAACUCCGUCUCUGGACGAAGGUGUGGAGCAUCCGUCCACUGCCCGUGCGUCUUCCUGCCUUUGUUCCUGCCGGCCUUUGCCAAGCUCUGUGCCAGAGGAGCGCGCGCCGUGCCCGCUGCGCCCCUUCCCGUGCCAUCUCUCGCAGCUGAUAGGGGAAUGCUGUCCUUGCUCCUCUGCGUCGUGUCCAUCGCUCUUCCGCGCUUUAUCAGAGCAGAUGCUUGCGAGGACUUGACUCUGCAAGAGAUGGCAUCAGUAGACCAGCCUACAGCUUUUAAUUGCAUCUACUCUCUGCCAACCUCGGGGAAAGCAGAUGCAACAUGGUAUAAAUAUCCUAGCAAAAUCCCAAUAUCUAAAAACACACAGUCUAGAAUUUACCAGAACCAAAAUUGGAUUUUGUUUCUCCCAGUGAAAGGGGAGGACUCUGGGAUCUACCAGUGUCUUACAAAUGAUACGGACAUCUGUCCCAGAAUGCGAGUCAACCUCACUGUGUUUGAAAAAUAUUGGUGUGGUGCUUCCGGAAACAGUCAACUGAACGUGCCUCAUGAGUACAAGCAGAUUCUGCAGGUCGGAAGAGAUGACAUCCUUAUGUGUCAUCUCAACUUCCCAAACAAUUUUUAUUUGGAUUCAGUAAAGUGGUAUAAGGACUGUAUAGAGAUAGAAGGAGAACGGUUUAUUUCUCGGGGAAAAAAGCUCUUAGUGAAGAAUGUCUCAGUGGAGGACAGAGGGAACUAUGAAUGUCAAGCCAGCCUCACACAUGCAAAGAAACAGCACACUGUUUUCAACAGCAUCUCUGUGACUGUCACAGAAAAAGUGGGGAGUGGAGGAAGAAUCCCUAAGAUCAUUUAUCCAAAAAACAAUUCAAUUGAAGUAAAACUUGGCUCCAUGCUCAUUGUCAACUGCAACAUAACAGACACGCGGGACAACACAAACCCACGCUGCUGGAGGGUCAACAAUACCCUGGUCGAUGACUACUACGGGGAAUCCAAGCGCAUUCAGGAAGGAAUUGAAAACUACACUAUUUUUCCAGAACAUAUUUUUUACACAGUGAACAUAACCUUCUUAGAAGUGAAAAUGGAAGAUUAUGGCCGCCCUUUCAUGUGCCAUGCUGGAGUGUCUGCUGCUUUCUUUAUACUGAAGCUCCCAGUUCCAGAUUUUCAAGCUUACUUGAUAGGAGGGCUUCUCAUCUUGACUGGUGCAGUGGUGUCUGCCAUGUGUAUCUACAACAUUUUUAAGAUCGACAUUGUACUUUGGUAUCGAAGUUCCUUCCAUUCUGCAGGGCCCAUAGAAGAUGGGAAGCUGUACGAUGCUUAUGUUUUAUAUCCCAAGCCUCAGAGAGAAAGCCAGAGUCAUGAUGUGGACACGCUGGUGUUGAAAAUUCUUCCUGAGGUGCUGGAGAAGCAGUGUGGAUACAAGUUAUUCAUAUUUGGCAGGGAUGAGUUUCCGGGACAAGCUGUGGUCAAUGUCAUCGAUGAAAAUAUUAGGCUGUGCAGAAGACUGAUCAUCAUUAUCGAUCCCGAUGAGCUGAGCUUUGACCUAUUAAAGAACCUGUCAGAAGAACAGAUUGCGGUCUACAGUGCCCUCAUCCAGGACGGGAUAAAGGUCAUCCUGAUUGAACUGGGGAAGGUCAAGGACUACACUGCCUUGCCGGAGUCCAUUCAGUAUAUCAAACAGAAGCAUGGGGCUGUCCAGUGGAGUGGAGACUUCACAGAACAGUCCCAGUGCGCGAAGACCAAGUUCUGGAAAAAAGUGAGAUAUCACAUGCCUCCCAAGAGGUGGCCACCUUCUUGUCCAGCUGCUGAAGUACACGCCCUUUGACCUCACAGCCAGCAAGUGGGAGGCCCGUGUGGGGUUCAUCUCCCCUGAUGGAAAGAAUAUCAUCCCAAGGGUUGUGCACAGUUAGACAAGGAAGCCUUGCAUCGGGGCUGUUUGCUUGAAGCUUACUGUUUCUUGUUGUGUCCUUAUGGAAGGACCUGGGUUUAUCUGCUGCCUUUGCUCAGAGCUAUUUCUUUAGGGGAAGACAGCACCUCUCGAGAAGCCCUCAUUAACUGGCUGGCUCUGAGCACUCAUGAAGACUUGUGAACAUGGAGGAGUAGCCUUUGAGCCCCUGGAGAGGAGCCUUGGAGGGUUUGAGAGUUGUGGUUCAGCUGUCAGGAGGUUUUGCACAUGGUCUGACCCCCAUGGGGCUAGAGAUGGGAGCCUGGGUGGUCAGAUCCACAGGAGGACCCUGUGGGCUUGGGUAGGGCUGGCAGAAGCCACGCCUGACCAGCCUGCUGGGGCCCUGUCCUCAGCCCCUCUCACUCCUCUCAUGCAAAUAAACAGUUGUGAUGCUGCAGUCUGGGCACCUUGGCAUUGGAAGCAACUUGGAAGUCACCUAGACCUGUGGGGACCAACUCUGGUUGCCAGUGAAUCCCCCCGCUGGUGGGCCUCCUGCUUUGCCUGUCCAACCAAAACAAGUCAUGAGGCCCUUAUUUUUCCCAGUUGGCCUCUGGCAGCCAGAAUUCUGAGCCACCUGUGGUAGACACGGUCACCACACCAAGAGGAUGGAGCUCCAUUCUGAGCAGACAGUCACCCACCUAGGGACCUGCCUUCUUCACAGGUCAGUUCAUGAGUGAACAACUCAGAAGGGUCGUCGGCAUUAAAAUCAACUAUAAAACCUUAUCAGUAGUUUCAAACCCUGACAUGGAGGAGCUUAGAUACAGUCCGGCUCUUAUUCUGUGAUUGACAACUGCUAAGCUGCUAAGUCACUUCAGUCAUGUCUGACUCUGUGUGACCCCAUAGACAGCAGCCCACCAGGCUCCCCCAUCCCUGGCAUUCUCCAGGCAAGAA